AUGUUGGUGUCACUGCUGCUCCUGGUCCUUGCCACAGCCUGUGUGAUCUCCGUGGGGGUCGGGCUGUGGGUCGUCGGCCACCACUUCCUCACUGCAGAGAUCCCUGCAGCCAUCGGCCACCCCGUGAAACUGCGGGCCUGCCAUUGCAUCUCCCAGCUGUUGACGACGUGGGGGACGAUUUUUGAGAAAAUGAGAAUCUGCUCUAUGCAGUUUCUCCGUUUCAUUCACGAUCUGGCGCCACUAAAGAAGGAUUCAGAUGUGGUGGUCAAGGACCUCUGGUACGGGAUGAUCCCCGUGAAGCUGUACCAGCCCAAGGCGUCCUCAAGCAACCCCAGGCCUGGCAUCGUGUUCUACCACGGCGGUGGGGGCAUUGUAGGGAGCUUGAAAACUCACCAUGGCUUAUGCUGUCAUUUGUGCAAGGAGAGUGACUCAGUGGUUCUAGCAGUUGGAUACCGCCAGAUGCCCCUGCAUAGGUUUCCGGUGAUAGUAAGAGACUGCAUAGUGGCUACCAACCACUUCUUGAAGUCCUUGAGUACAUAUGGGGUGGAUCCAGCCCAGGUUGUGGUCUGUGGUGACAGUGUGGGUGGGGGCCUGGCAAUGAUAGUUUAUCAAAACCUUGUGGACAGUUCCGAUCUCCCCAAGAUCCGUGCCCAGAUCCUGAUCUACCCUGCUGUCCAAGCCCUGGAUUUCCAGCCCCCUUCCUAUCAGCAGAACAAGAAUGUUCCACUGCUCAGCCGGAAUAUGUUCUUCUACUGUUGGUGUGCUUACCUGGACAUCAGCCCCUCCUGGAAGAGCACCGUAUUGAAAGGCACCCAAUUGCCUGCUGAAGUCUGGGAAAAGUACAGAAAGUGGUUGGGUGCAGAAAACAUCCCAGAGAAGUUUAAGAAGAGAGGCUACCUGCCAACGCCCCGUGAACCCCUGAAUGAGGCUGCCUAUCUGGAGACAAACAUCAUUCUAGAUUUGAUGACCUCGCCCCUGAUUGCAGACGAUGAAGUAGUGUCUCGGCUCCCCGAAGCUUGCAUCGUGAGCUGUGAGUAUGAUAUUCUCCGGGACCAUUCGCUGUUGUAUAAGAAGAGGCUGGAGGACCUGGGAGUCCCAGUGACUUGGCACCAUAUGGCGGAUGGUUUUCACAGGGUGUUGAUCACCCUUGACAUGGGCUGCUUGUACUUCCCCUGCUCCACGAGGAUUAUGAAUGCUGUGGUCCAUUUUAUGAUAGAGUUGUAA